GUCGCGGCGGCAGGGCAAGUGACGCCGAAGUACACGCAUGUGCAGCUAUUAGGAUUCAACCUCUUCACGGUCCCUGGCACCUCUGCUGAUGGUUGCUUCGGCAACGAUGCCACAAUGGAGCGCUCGUGCUAUCUGGGAAGCGAAGAGGCCGGCGAGGACGUCAAAAGGCGGGCCGACAUUAUGAUUGAGGCCAUCAAUAAUGCUUUCGAUUCGGAGCAUCUGGACCGAAGCCCGACCACGCUCAAAGUCUUCACUGCGCCCGAAUUCUAUUGGCGGGGCCCCCAUGGGGCUUACCGUCUCGACGAUCCUGGCACGGUCCAAGUUUUCGACAAGAUCGGGCAGGCCUUGCAGAAUGAUCUUGCUCUGCCUCCUCCGGGCAGCCGCGCAUUCUGCAAGUUGCACCCAGACUCGAAUGGCUGCUUCUACGAAAUUCCACCGGUAGAAUUGCUGGAAAAGUUUGGUCAGAAAAACACUGAGAUUCUGGAGGACGGCAUUUUUGAGGUCGGAGGUGUCAGGAUUGGUGCUGAGAUUUGUCUCGAUCACGCCAAGGGUGAAUUGUGUGAUGCGCUGGGCCCUGACGGGACCGUGGACUUGCAGCUUGUGGUUUCUGCUGGCAUGAGCAUCGCCGCAGGUCCAGUUUGCACGAAAGCGGGGUCACCGGUCUUCCUUUCCGACGGCUUCGCGCACACAGAGUUGAGCUUGAACGGCUUCGGUGGCGGCCGGAAUUCCAUGACGGUGCCGGGUGGCAGCAAGUGCUACAAUGUGGGCAUCAUCUACGGUGCAGAUGCGAUCGUAGGGCUGCAGCAGUGGAUCGCGGAUGCGAUCGAUGCCUUGACGGGGACGGGUUUCGGCACUCGCUUUGCCGGAGCGGGCACACUGCCGGGCGGCAGCGCUGCUUUUGGGAAGACCGGUAUCCGUUUCAGACAGAUCAGCGCACUUGGUCCAGACUGGCUGCAAAAACUUACAGGCUUCUACAACACUGCUAGCUACCACCUCGCUUCGAAG